AUGGCAUCGGACUUUGUGAAGACGUCCCUGCCUGAUGGCGUUGUCAACGACGUUCUCAGCUUUUGCGCCAGGCACAAUCUUAGCCAAGAAACAUUCUUCAUUACCGCAUUGUCUUACACUAUCGCCAUCUACAAUGCCGCUUCACUUGUCACAACGAGUGUAAUUAGAGAUGGCAAGAAGGACAAGAUUGUAAUAGAGUUUAACUCAGGAAUGACGAUCUUGGAAGCGUGCACAGCUUUACGUUACACAAAGAUUUGCUCGGGCACAGAUUCCGAGCACUCUCCUCACAGUUCCACACCAGGAGGCGAACUUCACGACGACCCAACCACGGUUCUGUUUGCUCAGAAUGGGACUUUGGACCUCGAUUCAGACAUUGGUGAACAAGGAAUCUUACCCGAUAUUGUGAUUGAUGGUCAAUACCGCAUCGAUCUACACUGUCUCCCUCGUUCUGUAUCUGCUCUGUCAACUCAUGCGUUUCUUGAGACUUUCACUACGAUCAUUGGACAGUUCGCAACCCUGCCUCACGACAGAUUACUCGGCGAAGUCAACGUACUCGGCCCCUUGAACCACGAAAGACUUGAAAGCUGGAGCCCUCGCUACAUCCCAGCUGUCGAGCGUUGUGCUCAUGACUAUGUCGACGAGCAUGCAAACAACACUCCUUGGAAGGAGGCUGUGGUUGCUACUGAAGGGCCCACUUUCACAUAUUCUCAGCUCUCGACACUCUCCAGCAGGUUAGCGAAACACCUCAUGAACAGUGGUAUCAAGAGAGGGGACAUUGUUCCGAUUCUGUUCGAGAAGUCUUCCUUUGCAGUUUUGGCCAUCGUCGCUAUUCUCAAAGCGGGAGGUGCCUAUGUUGGGUUCAGUGCCGAGACACCCAUCAACUUUCUACGAGAAUGUUCGUCCAUUACGAACGCUCCGCUCAUUAUCACGAGUAAUCGUCAUCAGGACCUCGUUCUGAAUGUUAGCUCCCGGGCGCUAGUACUGGACCAAGCAUUCGUUGAGGCCCUGGAGAACUCAGCAGAUGAUGAGGGCUUCUCAUCUCCCGCUCGUCCAUCAGACCUGGCCUAUCUGGUGUUUACAUCAGGAUCUACCGGUACCCCCAAGGCCGUCAUGACGGAGCACAGAGCCUACGUCACGGACGCCCUCGCACAACAAAGGGCUGCUCUACUCAAUCCUUCAUCCCGAGUGCUUCACUUCGCCUCAUACAAUUUCGACGCCACCAACUUCGAUGUGCUCACCACUCUCAUUGCUGGCGGCACGAUCUGCGUUCCUACCGAAUUCGAUCGCAUCAACCGCCUCGCCGGAGCCAUCAACGACCUCGGCGCCAACUUUCUCGGCGUCACAGCCACUCUCGCACAGAUUCUCGACCCAGAAGAUGUACCUGGUCUGAAAACCGUGAUUCUAUGCGGCGAAGCCAACAGUCCCGAAAUCGUUGAGAAGUGGACUCGGUCUGGAGCGGAUGUCAUCAAUGGCUACGGACCUUCGGAGGCGUCAUGCGCAUUCUCCUACAAUAUCUAUACUCGCCAAUCGGCGCGGGCUAACAACAUUGGACGUGCACUCGAUGGAGCUUGUUGGGGGUGGGUUGUCAACCCAGAGAACCACAAUCAGCUACUGCCUAUUGGGGCAAAGGGCGAGCUACUGAUUCAAGGACCAACGCUGAGCAGGGGCUAUCUGAAUGAGCCAGAGAAAACUGCAAAGGUGUUCAUUGAAAGCCCUGAGUGGUUACCAGGGAAUGUCGCCAUCAGCAUGCAAAGGUUUUACAAGACAGGAGACCUUGUGCGACAACUCCCAGAUCAGUCUUUCGAGGUGUUUGGGCGUAUUGAUACGCAAGUCAAGCUAAAUGGCCAGCGCAUUGAGCUUGGCGAGAUUGAGUAUAAAGUCGGUGGAGAAGAAACUGCCUCGAAGGUUCUGAUCGCAUUCUACGCAAAAGAUGUAGGAGGUACCCAAAAGGAUGCUGCGCCGCUGGACAUUGUCAACGAUAGUGAGUCUGAGCUCAUUGACGUCCAAAGCAUCAAGAAGAAGCUUGCAAACGACCUCAAAGCCAUUGCUAUUCCCCAAGCUUUCAUCCCACUUCUAAGGAUGCCGGUCACUAGUCAAGGCAAACUAGACCGAAAGCGUCUGCAGAAAAUUGGCAGUCAACUCGAUAAGCUUAGGUUGGCUGCGGUCUCUGGAGUCACCGUAUCUGUCAAGGAUGAGCCUGCGAUGAACGAGUUUGAGGCAAUCGUCUGCCAGCUGUUCGCACGGUCACUCAACUUGAGCAAAGGUGAAAUUGGUCGUCAAUCAGAUUUCUUUUCCAUGGGUGGCGAUUCCCUUAAAGCCAUCAAAUUGGUAUCUCUGGCCAGGAAGCUGGGUUUCAGUGUCUCAGUACCGGACAUCCUUCAAAACCCAAGACUGUUCCAACUCGCCGAGUUUCUGUGCAAGUCCGCUGAGACUAAUGAGUCAAUGAGCUCGUAUCAGCCAUUCAGCAAUAUUGCAAACCAAAUCACACUCGGCGAAAUCCAAGAGAGCGCUAGAAAGGCGUCUGCCUCACACGAAAUGGAAGACAUGGUCCAGGCCACGGAUCUUCAAGCGAGCUGCGUCGCGUUCUCUACUUUUAGUGAAGAGCGCCGCGGAAUCAACUGGCUCAUAUGCGACUUUGACGAGCCUCGGGACGAGACAGCAGUUCAUCGCAUGUGUGAAACAUUGACAGAAAGACACUCCACUCUACGAACCUUUUUUGUGCCACACAAGCGAGCGCUGUAUCAAGCUGUGUCGAAGUGUUUUCGUCCUCCAACGAGAACUCAUCUGAAACUCGACAGCAUUGAGAAUGCCACCAAUACGCUCACUGAGGCCGAUUUCAGGGACAGACUCGUGAAUAUGACUUGUCCUCAGACAGCCUUUGAACUACUCUCCAGCCAUGACGCCACCAAGAUCCAGCGUCUGCUCAUCCGCAUUUCUGCAGCUCAAUACGAUGGCCACUCUGUGUCAAUCUUGAGUCGCGAAAUGAGGUCUCUCCUCAACGGAUGCCAGCUUCCUGAGCUCAAAGGAAGCUAUCAAGCAUACCUUCAUUAUGCUCGGACAAACGAGCUGGACGAAGGCAUUGAAUACUGGACAUCACUUCUUCAUGGCGCGGAAAUGACCCAACUUGUCACUCAGAAGGGUUCCAGUCAUGACGUCCCAUCAGGUCUGAACUUUGUGGAUGGUGUGCUCGUGAGCAUGAUUGACAGUCAGUUGCUUGAGUCUUGUUGCAUUGGCGACAGAAGCAGCAACACCUUCGGCGGUAACACCAAAGGUGCAGUUGUCAAAACGGCCUGGGCGCUCACUCUUUCUGAGCUGACUGGUAGAGACGAUGUUGUGUUCGGCUCGACAGGCUGGGGCCGCAAUCACUCCGUGGAGUUCGCAGAGGAUGUGAUGGGUUCAUGCACUUCACACAUCCCCACACGCCUACGAAUCACCACGUCAGCCACUGGCAAUAGUCCCAAAAUCACAUACGGAGAUCUGGUCGAGCAACUACAGACGCAGCACGUAGCCUCUAUGCGAUACGAGAACAUCGGGGCGAAUACGAUAGUUGAGAAGUGCACAGCCUGGAAGCGGUGGACGCGAUUUUCGUCACUGCUGGUUUUCCAGGGGUUAGACAUCGGAACUCCGCAGAAUUGCAAUGAAGAUGGUGGAGUUGCUCCGACAAUGAGGUUCACGGAGAUCAUGGACCCGGGCGAUCGAGCGGACGUGAUCGUUCACGUAGAGCCUUUCGGGGACCAGACGCGAGUCAUGAUGGCUGUCGCAAAAGCGUGUCUGCCCGAAGACGUGGCUGGCGUGAUGAUGUCGACAUUUAAACAGUACUUGAAGCUCAUCACUCAGUUUCCCGAUCAGCCUGUUCCUCUGGAUAAAGGCGACUGGUCCCCGUUGUUGCCAAUUAUCCGUGAGAGCGCCACAAUUAGGCGAACUCUCGGUGUUGUAAUCAACUCGCGGGCUGAGAAUACUGUCAAAGAGGUUUGGAUGAAGGUUCUUGAUGUGGAUGAUGGCGAGUUCGGCAUGAUGAGGGAGGGUAGCAGGUCGUUCCUUGAGACCUGGGGCAAUUCAGUGUCAGCGGCGGUUCUUGCUCAUGAGUUCAGGUCAAGGGGCUUUGCAGUUUCCACGGAGGACAUGUUGCGGCAUCAGAUGGCAUUUGAGCAAAUGCAGAUGAUUUCAAUGAUGAUUGACGGAAAGCAACAGUAA